UUCCGGUCUGCCGGCCUCUGCGGUGGGAGCGGAGCAACUGGAGCAGGCCUUGCCGGCUGGGGAGGAGGCGGACCAGGGUAAGGAACAGAAGGAAGAUCCGGGAGCUAGCGAAAACGAAAAGGGUCGGGCCUGGGACUGGCGAAACGGGAAAAGGAAGAACUGAAAGAGAAGACGACAUCCAAUUCAUUUUAAGUUUUUUUAUUUGUUUAUUUUUUUUCCUCAUUUCAUUUCAAUUUGCUUUUAAAUAUAUAAAUAAUAAACGACGUUAUUUCGGUGAUGCCGUCCAACGCCGCCGCCACCACCACCACAUUCAAAACUUCAGACUUCGAGUAUGACGCAGCGGCAAACAAAAUGAGUGAAGAGCGACUGGACCAGGAGAAGCUGGGCAACAGCCUCCCGACCCGCAAAGUUGGGAGACCUGGGAGGAAACGCAAGCAAAUAUCGGACCACCAGGGACACUAUGGAGUGGAUGCCAUUUCAAGAAUGCUUAGAAUGAGUCAGGUGGCGAGCUGCGAGGCCUCGAAGGAGGGCCCAGCCGGCCCGGACGGCCAGUCCUCGGAGCAGGUGCCCAACGGCGAGCUGGGGGGCCACGGCGGGGGCUCCAGCUCCUCCUCCUCCUCCAGGCAGGACCGGAACCUUCCGGAGAACGGCGUCUCCCGGGAGCGGGCCCCCCGCCCCCCCGCCAGGCUCCUGGAGAACGGGCUCCUCUCCGCCCCGCCCGACGACCCGGACCAGGAGGAGGAGGGGGCCGACGGGGAGCCGGCUCCGCCCACCCCGCGCAAGAAGAGGGGCCGGCGGAAACUGGAGCACCCCGAGAAGCAUGUGGAGGACAAAGAGGAGGGCGGCAGUGAUGCAGCCAGGACGGAGCAGGGAGACAGAGCCCGGCAGCGCGGGGGAGUAGGCUGGGAGAUCAGCUUGCGUCAGAGGCCCAUGCCGAGAGUUACCUUCCAGGCCGGCGACCCUUAUUACAUUAGCAAGCGGAAGCGGGAUGAGUGGUUGGCCAAGUGGAAGAUGGAGGCAGAGAAGAAGGCGCAACUGGUUGCCGUGAUGAACGCGAUGGAGGAUAACAUGGGGGCGGAGCCUCAGAAAGAGGAACAGGAAGUGGUCACCAGCCCCCCGCCCCCUCCCCCUCCCCCCCAGCAGCAGGCCACAGACCCCGCCUCGCCGACCGUGGCCACCACCCCGGAUCCGAUCCCCGUCGUCAGCGGCGACAAGGCCACUCCCAAGUCCUCCGACAUGGAGCCCGAGUAUGAGGACGGGCGUGGCUUCGGGAUCGGGGAGCUGGUCUGGGGCAAGCUGCGGGGGUUCUCCUGGUGGCCCGGGCGCAUCGUCUCCUGGUGGAUGACGGGGCGGAGCCGGGCGGCGGAGGGCACCCGCUGGGUCAUGUGGUUCGGCGACGGGAAGUUCUCCGUGGUCUGUGUGGAGAAACUGAUGCCUUUGAGUUCCUUUUCCAACGCCUUUCACCAGCCAACCUAUAACAAGCAGCCCAUGUACAAGAAAGCAAUCUACGAAGUGCUACAGGUGGCCAGUUCCCGGGCGGGGAAGCUGUUCCCAUCCUGCCCUGACACUGAUGAUACUGACACUUCCAAAUCCGUGGACCUGCAGAACAAGCAGAUGAUUGAAUGGGCCAUGAGCGGCUUCCAGCCGACCGGGCCUAAAGGACUGGAACCGCCCGAGGAGGAGCGCAAUCCUUAUAAGGAGGUUUACCCAGAGAUGUGGGUGGAGCCGGAGGCGGCAGCCUACACCGCUCCCCCGCCCGCGAAGAAACCCCGCAAAAGCACAGCCGAGAAGCCCAAGAUCAAGGAGAUCAUCGACGAGGGGACUCGAGAGAGACUGGUGUAUGAAGUGAGACAGAAAUGCAGAAACAUUGAAGAUAUCUGUAUUUCCUGUGGAAGUCUGAACGUGUCCCUGGAGCACCCCCUCUUCACUGGGGGCAUGUGCCAAAGCUGCAAGAACUGUUUCCUGGAGUGUGCGUAUCAGUACGACGACGACGGCUACCAGUCCUACUGCACAAUCUGCUGCGGGGGCCGCGAGGUGCUCAUGUGUGGCAACAACAACUGUUGUCGGUGCUUCUGUGUGGAGUGUGUAGACCUCCUGGUGGGGCCAGGAGCGGCCCAGGCGGCCAUCAAGGAGGACCCGUGGAACUGUUACAUGUGCGGCAACAAGAGCCUCUACGGCCUGCUCCGGCGCCGCGACGACUGGCCCUCCCGUCUGCAACACUUCUUCGCCAACAACCACGACCAGGACUUUGAUCCACCAAAGCUUUACCCACCGGUCCCAGCUGAGAGGAGGAAACCCAUUCGAGUCCUGUCGCUGUUUGACGGAAUCGCGACAGGGCUUCUGGUGCUAAAGGACCUCGGGAUCCAGGUGGAGCGCUACAUCGCCUCCGAGGUGUGCGAGGACUCCAUCACUGUGGGCAUCGUGCGGCACCAGGGCCGCAUCAUGUACGUGGGCGACGUGAGGAACGUCACACGCAAACACAUUCAGGAGUGGGGUCCUUUUGACCUGGUCAUAGGAGGAAGCCCCUGCAAUGACCUCUCCAUUGUAAACCCAGCACGAAAGGGACUGUACGAGGGGACGGGCCGUCUGUUCUUCGAGUUCUACCGGCUGCUGCACGAGGCUCGCCCCAAAGAGGGCGAGAGCCGGCCCUUCUUCUGGCUGUUCGAGAACGUGGUUGCCAUGGGCGUCAGCGACAAGAGGGACAUCUCUCGCUUUCUGGAGUGUAACCCCGUGAUGAUCGACGCUAAGGAGGUCUCCGCCGCCCACAGGGCCCGAUACUUUUGGGGUAACCUGCCGGGGAUGAACAGGUUGGUUAACCCUUUAAGACCACUGACGGCCAUGGUCAAUGACAAACUGGAUCUCCAGGACUGCCUGGAGCAUGGAAGGACAGCCAAGUUCGGCAAAGUGAGAACCAUCACCACUCGGUCUAAUUCUAUCAAGCAGGGCAAAGACCAGCACUUCCCCGUCUACAUGAACGAGAAGGAGGACAUUUUGUGGUGUACCGAAAUGGAACGGGUCUUUGGCUUCCCCGUGCAUUACACAGACGUCUCCAACAUGAGCCGACUGGCCAGGCAGAGGCUUCUGGGAAGGUCGUGGAGUGUCCCGGUCAUCCGUCACCUGUUCGCUCCGCUCAAAGAUUACUUCGCCUGUGUUUAACCGCCCGUUGCCCUCGGCAACACAACGAGCGUCAACACGAGGAGAAAAAAACACACACAAGGACUGAUAUUUAAAACACGAAACAGCGUAAAAACAAAAACUAAAAAAAAAAAACAUAAAACAAAAUUUUACUCUUCUUGAUUAUUCGAACACAUUUAAAAAGUAGGUGUUUUACGUUAUUUCUUGAAUUUUAAAAAAUGUCAUUCUUUUAUCCUAUUUAAUUUUUUUAUGUCAUGUUAUUUUUUUAAAUUGUUAUUUUUAGCAAUGUUAUCCAGUCGUUUGUUUUUUUUUUCUUUUCAAAAUUGAUUUACGUGUGCAAGCUGUACUUAAGACAAUGCUUCAUCUUACAGCACUGAGUUUAAGAAAACAAGUUUAGAAACGGAAAAAAAGCUGAAAAACAAUGAUCAUUCUUAUGGUGCAUAUUAUAUACAUAUAUACGCCGUAUGUAUUCUGUGUGAUUGUACGGCCAUAUAUAUGUGAGCUAAUUGGAAAAUCUUUCAGCUGAGUGGUGACAGAUGGGGGGGGGGGUGUGGUCUUUGGGUAGGGGGUGCUAUAAUUCAGUAACGCUCACUCAAACUUCCAGCCAAUGAGCCUUCACUGAUAGAGCUACCAACCAACCAACCAACCAAUCGCAGAAAAGAAAACUGCUCUACUACACUGUUGAGACGGCUCUGUCUUAUGGAAACCCUUGGAAUUGAGAAACAACAAAGCAAACAAACAGAAGAAAAAAAAAACAUAUAUAAAAACCAACUCAGACACAAAACACACACACACACACACACACACACCCACAAUCACGCACACACACCAUGUACCAGUCCACUUACCUCUUGUUUACAGUUCAUUUACACAGGUUUAAAGGUACUACUGUACAAUGAUGACUAAACAUAAAUGGUGCUUAUGAAGAUGACGAAAAACACGCCGUGCUCACGUGGCCUUACCGCUAAAUCGCAGACAGGGAUACGGUCGUCGGGGGCGACCCUUAGAGGCGCCGCCGACCUUCGUCGUCUUUUUUCUACUCGCUUUGUUUUUCUUCCUCUUCCUCUUCUUCUUAUUAUUAUUAUUCUUCUACAGUUUUUUUUUUUUUUUUUACAUUUUUUUUUU